AUGUUCGAACCCAACCCUUAUACCGAGGCUUAUGGCCCAGAAUCUCACGAUGCAGCUCAUUCGACCGUCGAUGAGUCCGAUGACAAUCCACCAGUCAGUAAACCAACUGAAUACCAAUCCUCGGAUUCCAGGAGCAAACCAGGGGAUGCAACUGAUCAACUGAACGCGCCCUUGAGGCAGCUACUUUCGACAAUGGCGAGUCAUCCACCUCUUGUAGUCGAGGCCGACCUCAAAAAACUGCGCGAGAUGAUCAAAACGAAUCAAUUGCAAGUCAACAUCCAAGAUGACGACACGAAGAUAGCACCGCUUCACAUUGCGGCUGGAUUUGGUCUCGUUGAUGCCGUUGAAGAGCUGCUCAAGGCUGGCGCCAAGCUUGAGAUUCAAGAUUGCGAAGGCCGGACGCCUUUGAUGACUGCCACGGAGAACGAGCAAGUAGAAAUCAUGGAACAAUUUCUCACGGCUCAAUCUGAGUAUGACGGCGUCAAGUCUCAACUAGAGAUAACAGACAACCUGGGGCGGACUCCUCUCUUGUCGGCCAGCAUAAAUAGCUUCCCCGAAGGUGUGAGACUAUUGAUCGAUGCCGGUGCAGACUGCAACGCUCGAACUCUUGAGUCCAAAUCAACGCCCCUGAUCGCAGCUAGCAGCUGGGGCUACCGGAAUGUUGUCGAGAUGCUUCUCGACACCAGGAACCCCCAUGGUCGCGCAGAUGUCAACCUCCAAGAUACUGAGGGAUGUACUGCUUUACAUGCAGCAAUAAUUAAAGAGCAGAACGAGAUUGCCGAGUUACUCCUGUACGCGGAGGCGGAUUUCGAAAGAAAGAAUAAGAAUGGACAGAAUGCCUUGCAUCUAGCAAGUAAAAGAGGCGACACGACUAUCAUCGGCCGGCUCAUGCAACUGGGAGCUGCUGUAGAUGAAAUGGAUAAUAAUUACGAAACACCGUUUAAGGUUACCAUCAACUCUCUGCAACAGCUCCAAACUAAGGCAGAGCUGCAACGUGUCCAGCAAAUUGAUACGAUACAGCUUCUAGUCGCGCAUGGAGCUUUACCCCAAACCCGAACCUACGAAAACGAGACAGUGCUGCAUCUUGCCCUAAAAUGUGGCGAGCCCCUCUUUCUAAGAAAGAUGUUAGAGAAGAUGGAUCUGGACGAUCUGUUGACUCGAAAUAAAGACGGCCAGACCCCACUAUCCUCUGCUCUCCAACUUCAGGGCGAAUGGAGGGAAAUUGCGAUCGGGAUUUUUCUCGCAUCGGACCAAGUGAUGAAGGUUGUCGAUAGUGACGAAGAAUAUCUAUGGCGCAAUGUUCUUGACUGGGCCGCGGACAAUCAAAUGUCACACCACUUUGUGCGCCUGGUCUUACAGCACAAGACUAGAAUGGACACAACACUGCCAUCUGAAAGUAGAGACUGGAGCGCAAUCAGAUGGGCAGCACACCAUCAGCUUCCGGUACUACUACGACGGCUGGUUGUCAGCUCGCCUGGGGCUAAUGAAGUUGAGAAGGCGCUGAAAUCAGUCCUGGAAUCGACCUCGAAACUGAUAAUGGACCCAAGCAGCAAGAAAUUCAUCGGCCAACUUCCUCUUGUGAUCUGGCUUCUCAUUACUGCUUCCAAGGGAAAUGACGACCUGAAAAGAAGCGUGGGGGCAGUCUUAAGAACAAUAGAAACCCGAACAACCACGCAGAAAUCACGAAAGAAGGUCCCUAGAGAUAUUCAAAAAGCAAAGACAAACACACACCUCCACCAAGACCGAGUUGAUGGCAAGGAAAAAGGAAAUAUGAUCGUCUCAGAGCAGCAAUCCGGCUCUCACGAGAAACCUUUCGACUUUGAGCAGUUAGAGACGCUGAAAAUAAUCCUCCGUGACCCCCCUUUCUCGCGGACACGUAUUCAUGAAGAGAAGGCUUCGUAUCACACCUCAACACGGCUCAAGACCGAGAAUUCAUAUCAAGACACCCUGAACAAUUUUGACGCCAACAUCGUGCAGUUCUUUGGGGCCAGCGGCAUAUCUAAAACAUUUCAAGCUACGAGAAAAGUUCACGAUGUCAUUUACAGGACUGGCCCUGCACGGAUCAUGCAGGCAGAGACAGCAAUACAAAACGCUGUCCACUAUCGUGAUGAAUAUUUCCACAACGUUGACUCAGACUUCACGUGGGUAUAUUUACCAGUGACCAACAUGAGCUGGAUGAACGACCUGCUGAUGAGGAUUUGCGAUGAUUCAUUAUAUCUUGAUACAAGCCAGUACUAUGACAUCAGGUCUUUUUUUGAAGACAGCUGGAGUGAAACACCGGACAGAACAUCUAGGUCGAGGACGAUGAGACCUCGAACUGUAAUGAGACCGCGACCGAAACUGAGAGAGCUUAGAAAAUCGUCAUCCACCAAUUUAGACGAGAACGAACCUGAUUUUCUAGAUGCGUCGGCGAUUUAUAAUGCGAGUUUACCACCAGACCAGUCGACUGGAUCAAUUGUUCACGAAUCACCGACCCUUGACGAGUGGUAUUACCAUUUUGCAAUGGACCGAAAGUCGAAUGCAGAGAGACUUUAUCGGAACAAGAGCCAGAUCACCACCAGGUUCUUAGGAGAAAACCAGCUCCUGAGGCAAAACGAACACAACGAGGGAGAGUCCGCGAGUUCUUGCCCCUCGAGUGAGUUGGCUCUCAUACGUGUCAAUCAAAAAUGGAUUUGGACCAUUGGCAAUAGAUGGCUCAUCACCGCAAAUUCUUGCUCGCUUGGCGAGAACGAUGGCGGGCUAGUACAAGAAAUUCUUGAUCAGGUUGGCAAGCAAACAGAUCACGGAGGUCGCAAGCUUCAACCAAGAUCAGUAGCGGGAAUGAGCCAAAUGAUCAUCGACCAUUGCAUCGGCUCCUAUGAGAGACUUUCUGAGCUGCCAAGGCCAUCAAAGACACCUUCUAAAGAGGCUGAUCCGUCUGAGAAUCAAAUACCUAUGGUUGGACGAGAAUUGUCCAUCAGACAAAUCUACUCUCAUUAUUUAACCUGGAUUGAGAGAAAUGAAACAUCACUAUUUCAAGCCGUUCAGAAGCAGCGAUUCAACCGCCUGCGCGAUCUGAUACAACGAAAGCCUAAUGCCUCUGACACACAGUCGGAAAUUGCUCGCAAGGCCUCGCCUCAGACCUCAUACGAAAGCGAUUUUGCUAUCCUAGAGGCAUAUAGCCUGUACAGCAAAAUCAAGGAUGUCCGCGACGAAUUGAACAUUCUCAAAUCAGUUGCGUACUACCAAAAACUUGUUCAAUUGCAGCUGCACUUGACUGAGAGAGGCGGAGAGCGUUCUGCGGCCCAUGUGUUACAGAAUAUUCGCGAGUUGAAUUUUGUUGCGGAUAGGAUCCAAUCGGCGGUCAACAUGACGCUUUCACUUCAACAAAGCGAAAUGGCCAACGAGAACACUAUCAUAGUGAAUUCCCAAGCGAAGCUGGCUGGAAGGCAAGCAAGUGUCCUUUUUGUGUUUACUUUUGCCACUAUUGUUUUUCUUCCACUAUCUUUCCUCUCGUCUCUCUUUGCCCUAGAUGUCUCUAGCUUUCUCCAAACGCCUGUAUGGGCUUUUGCCGUGAUAUUUUUGGUUUCUGCAGUAGUUUCUGCAAUCGUAGGAUUCGGUGCCUUCUAUCUUGCCAAUUACAUAGACCCCCGAGUAGAGAGAAAAAGGACAACAGAGACCCUACCUAAGACCUAG